UGACUAGAUUGUCUCUGCUUUAUGUUUUUAUUGUAAUUUUUAUUUCAUUUCUCGCGAGUUGCAUUGCCUACUUCAAAGUCUCCACCCGUUUAGUGUUUUCCUUAUAAACUAUGUUUUAAGUGUACAGUUGUGUAUUACGUUUUAUAGUUUAAGGAGAGAAGAUUACGUUACGCUACAAAGUAUACUAGUCAACGCCACCGAGCUUGUCGCAUUCGCAUCCUCUUCUUCGCCUUUCAGAAACCUGUCAGAUUACGCAGACGCACAUUGACAAUGUAGUCUAUCAUCGUGCGAAAACUUCUUCAGGAUCAUGUAGCAGAGCUACAAAUCUAGUUGAACUUUUUCACAGAUCGACGGAAUAGUCCUGUAUCAUUUCCUCUCUGUACGGAUCAUUUCAGUGGGGCGACAUGGACCUCCUGUCUCCGGACGCGGAGGGCGGCGCGGCGACGGGCAGCGUGAAGAGCGACGACAGCACGCCCCCGCACGAGGGCGGGCGGGGCUCGCCGCCGCCCAACUGCGCCAUCUGCCUGGGCACCUGCCGCAACAAGUGCUUCACUGACUCCUGCCUGCACCAGUUCUGCUUCAAAUGUCUACUAACAUGGAGCAAGGUAAAAGCGGAAUGCCCGCUCUGCAAGCAGAACUUCAAAUCGAUAAUCCACAACGUGCGCUCCAACCACCAGUACGAGGAGUACAUGGUCGAGCAGCGGGCGGAGACCGUCCCGGACCCCGCGGUGGACCUCGGCAACGCCACCAGGAGGUUCCGCUACAGGACGACGCUGACGCUGCCGCGGCGCGACACGCUCGCCAUCCAGCACCUGCUGAUGCACUACCCGAUGAUGGCGGGCGUGCUGCCGCCGGCGGGGCUGGCGGGGCGGCGCCGGCGCUCGCCCGCCUCGUUCCGGCGCACCGUGUACCGCCACAACCUGUGGGCGCGCCCGCUGCCCGACUUCACGGGCCGCUACAGGGACUGCUCGCCCGAGUUCUACAGACGCAACGACACACAGAUGCACCGGCUGGUGCCGUGGCUGAGCCGCGAGCUGCACUACCUGCUCAACGAGAACGCGGGCCACAUCUCGUACGUGCUGGCGCGCCUGCUCGAGCUGCUGCCGCGGCACCACGUCACCUCCGCCGAGUUCGCCGCCGCCCUCACCAGGUACCUCGGCGACCGCACCCAGCACUUCCUGCACGAGCUGCACUGCUUCGCCUCCACCCCCUACGACAUGGCCGGCUACGACCGCCACGUGCAGUACACCACCGACACGAGGAUAUCCACCGUCGUCAACGAGAUCUCCAGCGCGGACUCGGACUCGGACUCGGACAUAGUGAUGGUGUCGGCGUCCGCGCCGCGCCCCGAGCCCCCGCCCGGCCCGUCCCGCCCGCCGGCUCCUAGCAUAGUUCCUAUCGAAACCGUGUCACACUCCGGCACCGACGACGACGAGGAGGUGGUGGUGGUCGGGUACAUCAAGCCGCCCGCGGACCGGACGCCCGAGGUGGUGGAUCUGGUCGGGUCGGACAGCGACGUCGUGGUGCAGGAGGCCCCGGAGCCCGAGAGGAGCCUCGUGAAGCUGAGUCUGACGCGACGCCGCGCGCCGAGCGACAGCGACAGCAGCUACGCGCCCGAGCCGGAGGAGAGGCCCGCACGGAAGCGACGGCGCCGGUCGCUCUCCACGACGGACGCCGAGCGCCUGACUCCCUCCCCGCCCCCCGUCCCGUCCCCGGCUCUAGAGGCGCCGCCCCCGGACUGUGACACGUCGACGUCCGACCCCGAGCCGUCCUCGUCCUCGGACUCCGAGGACCGCCGCCGUCGCAACCCGAAACGCACGCGCCGGAAAAGUCGCAAAGACAAGAGGCGCAGCAGAAAGAGUCCCCCGCGCCGCCGCGAGCGGCGCAAGGCCUCCGACCGACCCGAACACGAGUCCCGCCGCGGGGUCAAGAGUUCCCGGAGACCGGAGGAGCCCGAGCCGGGGCCCAGCACGAGCGGGGCCGCGAGACUCAGGAGCGUGGUCAACGUCCCGGCCAAGUCCGGCGACUCGAGCUCCAGCGGGCACUCGAACCUCCUCAGCCUGCUGAGCAGCGCCAUCCUGAACCCGCACUCGAACGUGCUCGCCUACAACAGCGACGGCGGCUCCGUGCCGGACCCGCGCCGGCCCGCCGACACGGCCCGGCUGAUGCGGAAGGCCGAGUCCUGUUUCAGAACGGAAUCUUCCGGCUCCGACCCGGAGGACGAUCUGCCUCUUAACCUGUCCGUGCGGCGGUCGCGUCCGCUUUGA